GUUGACAAGGACACACACUAAACGAUACAAGUGCUCCUCGUCUUCUACUAAAUUGUAAUACUAUAAUAUUAAUAAUAACAUUAAUCGUUAAUAUUUCAAAUACAGUUUACUGAGAACAUAUGGUGGUGCUCAACGAUCUCCAUUGAACAUAAUAAUACAGUUUAGGCGGGAAUUUUAAACCAUGUCUCAAAGAGGAAAAGUUGUAGAAUUGUAUAAAAUGUUACUACAUUUAGGAAAAGAUUAUCCACAUGGCUAUGAUUACUUUAGAAAGCGAUUGCACAGUGCGUUCAUGAAGAAUCGCGGGGAAACCGAUCCGGAAAAGAUCGAGAAGAUGAUAUCCCACGGACAAUACAUCAUAAAAGAGUUAGAGGCCUUGUACAUGUUAAAGAAAUACCGAACACUGAAACGGAGGUAUUACAAUGAAGAUGAGCUUUAAUAAAAUUGAUAAACAAUGUAACUAUAGUAAAAUAAAUGUAGAUGAGAAAGGG